UUGACGGUGCGACGGUGGCAAUUCUGCACUCGAGUGACGUGAGUUUGCGGUGGAGAUUAAGUGAAUAAGAUCGUAAUAAUAAAUUUAUCAUAUUUUAGACAAAAUUAUGAUAAAAAUAUGUGGUCUCGUGCUAAAGUAAUUUUAGUUGAUAUAAUGUGUAUAGUGAAUUAGUGUACAAUUGAAUAAAUAUAAAAAAUAAUCUGUUUUAUUAAUACUUUUCAGAUGAGACGAAGUCGUGCAUAAAUCUCAGUAUAUAAGAAAUAUUCAAUAUAUUUUAUAUGCUAAAUAAAACGCAAUAACGAUGUAUACUUAAAUAUUUUCUUACCAAAGGGGCAUUUAGUUCAGCAAAAUCAAUAAUCAAUGCUAAACCAAAUAUUCAAAUAUUUAGCUAAUUGAAAAGUUGUUAUUGUAGUUUUUCUCAUAGUAGACUAGACAUAUUAUAAAAAUUGAGCCCAAAAGACAAAAUUCAAAAUUGCACUGCAGGACAUUUAAGAAAGUCAGCAUAGGGCAAAAUUUGUGUGAAUUGGGUCAGACUGUGCAAAAUCGCGAAGGCAGUCCUCGGAGGCCCCAUGCGCUACAAAGAAAUACACCAGCUUCGGCUGGUUAUAAUUCCCAGCUACCUAGUAUGCGGAUCACAGCUGGGAAUACACCAGGUGAGGCAGCGCAAACAGAAACCGCCGCGUCUAAAAGGGGCUCAUUUCGCGGUGACACGCCGCUUAGCCUAAGUUCGAAGCUUCGAACAUCCUUUGACGCCUCGACGAAUGUUAUCGGCGGCGGCCAAGGAGGCAACGAAAGCGAGCCAACGAACGCGAAUAACGGCCACGUUAUCCCGAUCUCAGGCUUCCAGAAGGUGCCUCAAUCUAAGUCAGUGCCAAUACCGCCUAAGAAAUUGCCGCCGGUGGAACAAGGAUCUGAGCAUAUGUCAAGAAUGACGCCUAGACGUAUCAUGAUGCACAGCAAAGUCAACAAGGAACGACUCAACUCACGGAAUCCAACACGUCAACGCAAAAUCGGGACAGUAACGAGCCCGAUAGUGACGGCACCUCCAUGUGAGCUUACCUCUUCACCUUCAGUUAGUUCCAUCAAUGACUUAACAGCAAUAAAGCCCCUUUCCAGUCCAACUAUUAACGGUUCUCAUAACAGCGUAGAAUCAGACUCCAAAUCAAUUGCUGAUUACUUAUCCCGAAAUUCUUCCAUAGAUUUAGGCCAGAAAGAAAACUCCAAGUCCGAAGUGGUCACGCCAGCCCAAGAGGCUUUGCCAGAUAUUAGGGAAUUAGAAAAUUUAAAUAAUAAACCAGAAUUUGAUGUAUUCGAAAUAAGAAGCAAAACUAAGACUGUGAAGAUUAAUGAGAAUCCUGUGAAUAUAAUUGAUAAGUCACUUGUCAAUGUUGUUGAUGAUACCGAAAAUACAGAUUCUGAUACGAAUGUCAGUUUGAUAUUACCCAAGGAAAGAUAA